GAUCUGAAUCCUAGAGCGCCCCACGCAUGUGACCAGAGACGAUGCCGAUGUGAAGGCUCCUUCCGGUCCUUUUCCUUGGAUGGGAGCAGGUUGUGGUUUUUUUUGCUCUGUAACCUGGGAAUGAUUGAGGUGCCUGCAGAUUCCCCGGGAAUGCAAUGCAGGGAGGAGUGAAAGGACUAGCACAAGGGUGUUAUGGAGAAUGGUCAGCUCCCUCAAGUUGCUGAAAGGCCCGGUCACUUUGCUGUGUCACAUGAAAAGAGCUUUUGGAUGAGUUUGUUCUGCUGAUGGAACUUUGUUGGAUUGGUCAGUCUCUUGUGCUGAUGGAUCUGCAAGGAUUUGGCAACAGUGCUGAGUCAUCCCUCAAGGGUUGGUGCUGAAAGAGAGAGCAGGGAAGAGCACAAUAAGGCCCGUCCCCGUGGGAGGAAAUGGCUGGCUUACAAGAGACAGUGGCUGGUGGGUCUCUGCUAAAGCAGGUCAUGGAUCCAGAGAUCAAGAUGGAGGAGAAGAACUCGGCAAGCUCUAACCCAGUAGAGUUAAGGGAAGUUCUUCCAAAAACUGGGAGGGUCAGAGAGGCUCUGCUUGGGAAAGCUGGACAAACUGUGAAACAGGAACCAGAUGAGGGGCCAUCAAGGAAUUGGGAUGCCCAGUUGCAGGAGUUUCUGAAGACGCUACAGACUCCUCAUUUGGGAGAGGAGAACCCGCAGCUGCCUGAGCUGAGGCCAUGGGACAAUUCUAAAAUGCUCUCAGAGGGAGUGAUGGACAUCAAGACAUGGCCCAGAGGAUUGUGGGUUUCCGAAAUCCAGCCACAUCUCAUUGAGGAAGCACACGAGGCCCAUCUGGAUGACAAACACGGUGAGGAAGCAGGACCUCUGGCUGGGGAUGCUGUGGGGGUGGAGAGGCACUGCCAAAGCUUUCGUAAGUUCUGCUACCAAGAGGCUGACGGGCCUCGAAAGCUUUGCAGGCAGCUUCUGGAACUCUGUCAUCAGUGGCUGAAGCCGGAAAGGCACACCAAGGAGCAGAUCCUGGAGCUGGUGACCCUGGAGCAGUUCCUGACCAUCCUGCCGCCCCGGAUGCAGAGCUGGGUCGGGGAACAUCACCCGGAGAGCUGCGCCCAGGCGGUGACCCUGGCAGAGGAUUUCCUUCUGAGGCAGAAAGAGGCCAAAGGCUGGGAAGGGCAGAUCAUGGAAGAGGAGUUUGUAAAUUCCCCCAAGGCAAAUAAAGCUUUGCAAGAUGGAGUGAAAAUGCAGCUUUUCACACAGGCCGAACUGGAAGCCGAUGGGAGUACAAGCUUGUUGACAGAGGAUGGGUGGCUCAGUGAAAGCAAGGAACAGAAACCUUUGCUGCAGAAUCCUGAGCAAAUGGAGCAACUGAGGACAUCACUGAACACAGCUAAAGAGAAUGAUUUCCUAUGUUGGCACCAAGCUGAUGGGCAUCAACAUGCAGCUGAAAAGCAGAAUGGAAAUGACAUAGAAAAUGGAAUGGAUCAUUCUGUUCUCCGACCAGGUAUUUGCAAAGGUGAUGGAUCCACUGUCCAGCAGGAUGAAAAUGAGAUAAAAUAUGACGGAUAUGGGGAAAGCUUUGUCCAUCUUACUGUGCAUGAGAGCAUUCACACAGAGGAGAAGUCAUACACAUGCUGGCAUUGCGGACAAAGUUUUAGUAGCAGCUCAGAUCUUGUGACUCACGAGAGAACCCAUGUGGGUGAGAAACUGUAUAAAUGUUCUCACUGUGGAAAAAGUGAGAGAACCCAUACAGGACAGAAGCCACAUAAAUGCUCACACUGCGGAAAUACCUUUGGCUGGACCUCUCAAGAGGAAAUCCACUCAGGAGAGAAGCCUUACAUAUGUUCAGAGUGUGGAAAAAGCUGCAGUCAAAGAUCAGACCUCCUUAAACACCAGAGAACCCACACUGGCGAGAAACCUUAUAAAUGCUCAUCGUGUGGGAAAAACUUUAGAAACAGCUCAGGUCUCAAAGUACAUCAGAGAAUUCACACAGGUGAGAAACCAUAUAAAUGUUCACAUUGUGGGAAGUGUUUCAGUUGGAGCUCACACUUUAUAUCUCAUGAGAGAAUCCACACAGCAGUAUGUUCCUACUGUGGCAAAAGUUUUGGCCAAAAAUCCGAACUUGUUGAACAUGAGAAGACCCAUGCAGCAGAGGAAUCAUUUGCAUGUUUUGCCUGUGGGAAAACUUUUGAAGUCAGUUCAGAACUGGUUGCUCAUGUACGAACCCACAAAGAGAAGCCAUUUGUAUGCUCGGUCUGUGAGAAAACCUUCAGGAAUAGUUUGCAACGCAUUGCGCAUCAAAAGGUCCAUACCGGAGAGAAGCAGCAUAAAUGUUCCCACUGUGGAAAAAGUUUUAGCCAGAGACAGAGCCUUAUUAUUCAUGAGAGAAUUCAUACAGGAGAAAAACCACAUAAAUGCUUAGUGUGUGGGAAAAAUUUCCGAAAUGUCCCUAAUCUUAAAUCACAUGAGAGGACCCACACAGGAGAGAAACCAUAUAAAUGCUCCCAUUGUGAUAAAAGCUUCCGGUGGAGUUCCCACCUUGUAUUGCACGAGAGAAUUCACACAGGAGAGAAACCCUAUAGAUGCUCAGACUGUGGGAGAACGUUUGAUCGGAGAUCCAAUCUUCUUGUGCAUGUGAGAAUCCACACAGGGCAGAGACCAUACAUCUGUUCAGACUGUGGGAAAAGUUUCACCUCAAGCUCUGUUCUUCUUCGACAUCAGAAAAUUCAUGCAGGAGAGGAUGUUUGUACAUGCUCAGAAUGUGGAAAAACUUUCAGGCAGCGGUCAGACCAGGCAGAAAAGGGGUUGAAAUGUUCAGAGUGUGUCCGAAGCAGUUACUUGACCUCAGAUCUUGUUGUGCGUGCACGGACUUGUGCAGAUGAAAAGCCAUUUGAAUGUUCAGUCUGUGGAAAAAAGUUUCGGAACAGUUCACACCUCAUUACGCAUCAGAGUGUCCACACAGGAGUUCAACCAUAUCAGUGUUCGGACUGUGGGCGAAACAUGGUCAGACGGCCCAAUCUCAUUGCACCCAUAAGCAAUCAUGCAGGGCAGAAACCACACAAAUGUUCCAGUUGCAGGAAAAGUUUCAGCUAGAGAUCAGUUCUGAUGAGAACUUGGGAAAAUUGUAACUGAUUUUGCUUCCAUUCAUCUCUCAUAGCCUUUUCCCUUUCUGUCCCUUUAAAAACUAAAGCCACCUCUUGCUUACUGUCCUUUCCAGGAGCCUUGUAAACUGGUGACUUUAAAUAAAUACUAUUCAGUCAGGAAAGAAACCAUUUACGUAUAUCGCAAAUACACUUUGUAGACUAGGGAAACAGUUUCCCUGAUAGGCUAACCCUUAUUGCAAAGGAACGACCGUCUUAAAGACUUUGUUUUGUUUUUUAUUGCAAUUGCAAGGAUGGAAAUAUCAAGGCUAUAGACCAGGUGGCCCUUCAGAUAUUACUGGACUACAACUUCUGUCAGCCCCUGCCAGCAUGGAGUUGAAGUCCAGCAAGAUCUAGAGGGCCAUAGAUUCUCCAUCCAUGCUACAGCCUAGAGCCAAGUCUCCCCACUUAAUCCUGUUGUUUUUCCCAAAUCUGGGAUGUUACUGCUGUGGAAAAAAUGCAUACCAGAUCCAUUUAUCCUCAAAACAGAAUCUCUGGUGGGUUCUGUUGAGAGCUGGGAUUUACAAAUUCAUAGAUUCUAUUAGUAUAUUUUCUCAGGUUCAAUUGGUGUCUCAUCUCUCUGCUGGGGUUUCAACAAGCCUUGACUACACACUUUCCAGCAUACUUUCACAAUCAUAAGGCUUAGGAACUUGCUCCUUGAAGCAAAAAACAAAGCUGAGAUUCUCAGGAAGAAUUCUGUUAUCAAUAACCACAUCCUGUGAGUUUUCUGAACUCUUACAGAAUGGCAAUGAUCACACAGCCCUGUUCUUCGCCUCCUUAUUUCUCCUCAUUAGUUGCAGUAAGUUGCAAUUUUGCCUUUAAGCCAGGAUGUGAUUUAUACUAUAAUGAUUCUGUGCUAAGCAAGAUGAUAAAAAAGCAUAAAUUCAACAUGCUAUAAAUGGCUAGUUCUGGAAAAAAACUCUGUCUCCUACAAUGAUAACUCUUGGCAUUGUGGAAGCCAGAUUUCCUUCUGCAGCUGAUCCUUUUACAGAACUGAUUAUAGACUCUAACUUCGAUAAAGAGCCUAGAGCUCGGAGAUCCUGGUGUUGAAAUGCAUUGGGGUUGAGAUUCAUGCAUCCGUAAGUGCAGCCUGCAACAAAAUGUUGCAGUGCAGAGUCCUUCUGUUCAGUGUUCCAGCCAGCCAUGCCCUUCUCCAGGAUGUUCUGUUGCAUUGCUUUGCUCCCCCAGUUUUCCAGUUUUGGCCCCCAACAGAAUAUUGUGCAGCCACUGAUCAUGCUCCGUCCUCAUUGUGCUGCUUUUGAGGGUUUUCCCCCCUAAUGAUUUUGUCUAUUUCUUUCCCUGAACUUGCUGAUAUUUCCCACCGAAUAUGGCUAUAUUGUUGUUUUGGCUGUAUGAGGAUUCACAUUCAGCCAGCGAGCUCGCCUUUGGUGUAUACAAUUUGAAUAAACUGGUCUUUUGAA